UUUCAUGUUCAAACUCGUAACCAGAAUGUUAUUUAGCUGCUUUUUCGUUUACUUUAUCAAAAUAAGUGAUAUUAAGCUUAAAUAAUCUUUUAACUUGAAACUUCUAAUAUCGUUAUGAUAAAAUCACGGAGAAUACGUAAAAGUCCUAACGAGAUUGAAAGACUUUUAAAUGAAGAACGUCAAAAACGUAGAAAACAGAGAUUACUCCAGGUCAGAAAUCAGGAUAAACAAUUUGCAACUAAAAUCAGGCAAGCAGUAAAGAAUGAGAAAGAAAGACAACUCCAAUUAUUGGCAAAGAGUGUGGAAAUUGAAUUCACUUUGGAAAAAGCUGAAAAGUUACGCAGGUUACAAGAAGAAUAUGAAGAUUCUUUACAGUACGUUGGAGAUGCACAAAAGACAGCCUUAUACCAACCUGAUAAUAGCUUGAAAAAUCAACAAGUAAAGUUAGAGCAAGCUUGGAAAGCUGAAAAAAGAUAUGUAGCAGCUUUAGAGAAGUUGAGAACACAAAAAGAGGAGACUGAAGAGGAGAAGACAAGACAUAUUCAAGCAAGGCAAAUGGCUCUAGAAGUGGAAAGAAGUAGAGCAAAAGAAAUCGCAUCAUUACCCCCACCAGUAAAUGAUAAGGCUCAGGACCUUUUCGACAAAAAUACUACGAAGCGUGUUCAGUCUACUGAUCGAAACGCCUUUGUUACUACAUACUACCAUUUAGAUGGAAAAGUUUACGCUGAUAAAGCGGAAAAGGACGAAGAAGAGAUGAAUGCUAGGGAAGCAGCCGAACUAGAAAUGGAUAGAUUAGAUCAUAUUUCCAAGUCUCAAAAACGUGAAAAAUUUGAGAGGAUGGAAAAAGCUGAUCUACGCCAUAAAGAGGCAUUAAAGAAGGAAAUAAUUAAGAAGGAAUAUAGUAGUCUGCUUAAAGACUUAUCUAAUCUACAGAAAUUGGACGCAACAAGAAGAUCACAAGCUUUAGAAAAGUUACCAAAAAGGAUAUUUUUAGCUUCAAAACUUGAUGAACAAAACGAGGAAAAUCGUCAAAGAAAUAUAGAAAAAGCUUUAGAAAAAGAAUUUAUGCAGGCAACGGAUCAUCUAGGAGAUUUAAGUCUUUUUAGACAAAAUGAACCUCCAUCGUCUCCCACUGAGCAAACUAGUCAAUUGUCAUACGGUAAUCCAGUCUCUGAUCAUUUAACAACUCCUGAGCCAGCCAAGCCAAUGUCGAGAAUUAACGUUAGAAGUUCCUUAUCGGACAUAACGAAUGAUGAAGAACAAGCCGCUGAAGCCCAUAGACCAGCCGCCUUAUCUAAAUUAUUAUCAAGAAUUCAAUGUCAAAGGCAAAAUGUUAGUACUACUAGUGAAAGCGAAGUUGAAUCUCAAGCUGGUUAUAUUGGACAAGAGCCCCAAUCAAUCAAUGAUUUAUCACUCUCUGAAUAUACACUGAGGAGUCAAGUCAUGUCUGAUAAUGAAAUUUCGGACAAAGGUGUAAUUAUACCCGAGCGUGAGGUUGUUUCUAUUCCAUAUGCAAAAGAAGAGGAAGAUAACGAAUCGGAGAGGAGUGAUUCUGUUCAAUUAUUGAAAGGACCACCUCCACCUACAACAGGAAAGACCAGCCUUGAAGAGAAUCUUGCUGAAUUUAAUUCGCUGCGAGAACAAAAUUUAAGAAUCAUUGAUGACACAAAAGAAAGACAAACCUUACUCGAUAAGGAACGUUUCGCUUUGGAGAAACAAUUGAAGGAGAUUCAAGAAAAGAAGCAGGUUUUAGAAAAAAUGCUGUCAUCUAGCGUAAAUAGCACAUCAUCGUCAAAAGGUUCCUCUAGAUCGUCAUCAAGCAUUUCGCUAAAAAUUCCUAAAAGAGCAGAUACACCUGACUCUAUUUCAUCGAAAUCUUCGUCUCUUGUUGAGAAAUUGGCUCGAGUUGAGGAACUAAGGCAAAGAGCUGAACUUGAACACUCACGAAUACAGAAUUCGAGAUCGGCUGGUUUCGAGGAAAAUAUAAGCAAAAUAGAUGAGAUACUAGCAAAGAUUCCAACAGUCGAUGAUAGAAUAGAAAAAGCUGGCAGAACAUUGGGAAAAUUUGAAGAUUUAACUACAAGUCUUCAUAGUUUACAACUCUCUGAGACUGAUAAUAGAGAUAGUAUUGCUGCGAGAGAGUCAGACGUUUCAGCCGUUCUGUUAAGACCUCCAAGAGUAGGCACCAGUAUCACUUCAGGAAGCAGUAUUUCUAUUCCAGAGGCAUUUGCCUAUGAAUCAUCAGAAAAUAGCUUGAAGCUAGGCAAAGAUCAUGAUUUUUUCACAAAACUUCAGAGCAGAGAAAGUUCAAACGUUUCGAGCAAUUAUGAAAAAUUCGUAAAAUUAGAGAACCACGAUCCCAGCAAAUCGUCUUCGAGAACGGAUCUUGAGGCAGGAGGAAACGAAAUAGAGGAAAAAUAUUUUACUGCCUUGAAUUUUACCCAAAGAAAUAAUGGGGAUAAAACUGAGACUUCUGUAAACGACGUUUGUAAUAGGGAAGAAGAAGAGUUUAUGCCAUUAGAGAAUGAAUAUCAAAGUUUACAAGAGCAAAUAGAAUCAAAGAAUUCCACUGCUCUCUUUGAGGAAGGAAUUAGAAAAAGUUCAUCCAUUCUAUCAAAUAAAUCUGAUGACGUAUUAGAAAAAUCAGAUUCGGGUUCUGUCAAGUCAGCUAAAAAGCGUCUCUUCGAUACUAGUAACCCCUCAAAUGAACAUCAGCAACCAGUAAGGAGGCAAGACUUUUCGUAUAGUUCAUCGAAAGAUGGCGGACAAAAUGUGGAAGAACUAGUAGAAACUGUCGUUUCAAGGUAUCAAGAAGAAAAAGCAUCCGAAAGAUCCACAAAAGAGCCUGAAGAUAGUGCUUUAGUUUUAAGUGAAUAUACAAUAGAGUCAACUCAAUCAGUUUUGAAUACUUUAGACUUUAACGAAACUCAAAGGGAUACUAUUGAAAGGGCUAAACAAUUACUUGAUCGCGCUGAACAAUAUCUCGAAAGUAGAAAGCCAAGCGAUAAUAAAGAAGAAAGUAAUUCCAAAAAUAAUACUAAUUGGUCGGAAGAAUUGAAAAAUUAUAAAAUAACUUCCCCAGAGCGGAAAAAGUUUGCUCCGUUUGCAUCAACUCCAGCAGCUUUUCAGAAAGGAGACUCAAUAUUGGAACUGACUGAUAUGCCAUCUACAAUUUUCUCUACUGAAAGUUUAUCAAAAGCGCUAGAAAAUAAAACAGAAAGUGAACACAGCUCAGUUGCAUCAAUAAGAAGCGACCGAAAACCUACUGAACACGACAAACGAUCGUUCAGUGAUACCUCUCCUCCGCCCUCUCCGCCCCCUUCUCCUGCUAUACCGCUCGUCAAGGAUACAACUAAUGAUGAAGCAUCGAAUACACAGCAGGAAAAAGUUACUUCUGAAGAUAAAUUUUAUCCGCUGCUAUCUUUCGAUAGUGAUCCAACAGAUGAUACUGCUUCUAUAAAAAAUGAUAAUCCAAGUGAUUCAUCUGACUCAACAAGAUACAAGGAUUUUCCUGAAUUAUUUCACUUUCCCAUUCUAACUGAAUUGAAAAAUACCCUAAGUAUUGUAGACGACGAAGAAAGGGAUAAAAGUAUGCCUUUGAGCGAUUCGAUUCGAUCUUUCAUUCCGAGUGGUUUUCUAGAAGAGCAACGUUUAAGCGAUGUGCCAGAAGAGGAAGAAGUAUCAGACUAUUUUAAAUUAACUCAAACUCCACCUUCUCAACUAAAGAAUGAAGAAAUUAGCAAACGCGGUAUGCAUUAUUUUAGUCCUUGUAGCCGUGGCGAUUCUACGUUAUCGUUUGAGGCCCAUGAGAAAAGUAUUAUAAGUGAUAGUUCGAAGUUUAGUAGUUCAAUUUUCGACUCGCCAGCAAGCCAAAGCCAUAAAGAUAGUCAACUAUCUACGCCAUCGCCUAAACAGAGGUCGUUAAAGCCAGUUGUAGAGGUUGAAGAAGACGAUAAGGAAAGUUACGCAGAAAGGAAAAAGAGGCAAUUAAUGAAAGCUUCAGAACAAAGAAGGGCAGAAGCCAUGGAACGAGCUAGGCAUAAGAUGGAGAAAAAAUUAAAAGAGGAAAAACAACUACACGACGACAUGAUGGAACGUUGGAAAGUAGGUCGGAGCGUUAACGGUAAAAAUUUAAAUGCCAAUUCAUCAAAUAGUACAAAUGAAGAUAGUAGUAAAAGUGAGGAAAAACCAAUUAAAUCAAAUCCGAAAAGUAAUGAAAAGUGUAAGGAAGAACAGAUGAAGAAAAGAACUCAACGCCUUUAUAGCCGAUUAGAAGAAGUUAAGAAACAACAGGAAGUGAAAAAUCGACAAAGUGAAUAUGCUCAAAAUAGGGAAAGAGCUAAAGCUUAUAGCAAAGUAAUUCUAGUCUAUUUUUUAAAACAAUCUUCAGAAAUAAUUAUUUUAAUUUCUUCUAUAAUUGUAGAAACAACAAGAAAUUAGAAAGAAAAGUACAAAGUCGUAACCAAGGAAACGAAAAGAAUAAUAUACAUUCUCAAUUUUUUACUUAGAAAUUUAGAUAUAUAGGAUUUUUUUAUUUUAUUACUGUUACGUAACAAACAACUGUUGUGAAAUGGCUAAUAGUAAUUUAUAACAAAUAAAUUAUGUUCUUAAGACAUUAAAUAGUUAAUUAAGG